CGGACCCGCCCCCUGGGUCCUCCUUCAUCCAGUCGCAAACGGUGGGCAGUGCCCAACAUACACCCGCCGCAUCCUCCUCAACAUUAAACCACCUCCUCUUCUUCGCUCGAACCGGGACCAGAGUAUCGAAGCGACGUCUGAGCUCAUUACCGGUCGUCCAGCUUAGCCUUCGCCCGCCAUCGGCUCCUGAUCACCGGGCGGACUUUCCGCGUCACUAAUAUCGACGAUGGACGACUUAGACGUUCCCCAAAUGCGGAGGGAAGUGGAAUCUCUUCAGUAUCAGCUGGCCAUCAACAGGGAGAAGUCUUCCAUCACAGUCACCGAGUUGGUGAAGUGGAUUGAGAGUUGCGUGUGUGAGGACCCUUUCCUGAACCCUGAGCUGAUGAGAGCAAAUCCCUGGGUGGAGAAGGGGAAGUGUGUGAUCCUCUGAUGAUCACAAUGGCGUGAAAAUACAUCUUCGCACUCAAUGCACGGAUGCACCACGAAUAAUGUGCACUCACAGUCAUACUGCACUAAACACGCAUACACACACACACCUACGCACUGCUAUAACUAUUUAUUUAUUUGGAUUCUUUGAAUGCUCUUACUUUAAGUGUGUGCAUGGCGCAGAGUAGAUUUUUAGAUGGUUGUUUUUAUUGGCUCUUUACACUGUCAAUCAAAAAUAAAGACUGUUUAGAAUUUAA